AUGCUGUGGGAUGACCUGAGUGGCCAUCUGGUUGUAGUUGACCUGGAGGACGUGAAAUGGUUGAAGCGCCCUUGGGCCCUCGAUUGCAUCUCGGACAGUACGCAGCGUACUCGCUGCGUCGGAGCGAUGAAAUAUAAGCCCGGCUUCAAAAAGGUGGAGUAUACUGUAAACAGUAUGGCAGUAUCUCAGGCCCGUGACAAUCUAUUCGGAAACGUUGCAAAGCAUGCCGCCACAAGACGUCGUGGUCUUUAUCUUAGACCGAGUAGUGAAUACGCAUUUUGCAACACGAACCGUACAUGUUGCAAGAACCCGUCUGCACGGCAGGCUUGA